CAAUGCUAUGGAACUCACCAUAGUUCCGAAAUUAUCCCUUCAUCAUUAUAUCAUUUUAUUGUGAAAACUUUUACAGCAAUAUGUAAUGGACAAGGCCGGAAAACUUUAGGAAAGAUGCUUGGAUUUGGAACUGAUAGAAACCUUCUGGAACAAACAUGGCAGAAGGAACUUUAUAGAGUCGGAACACAAGUGUUAGGGAAGGAUCACUUUCUGUCAUUUGAUGUAGGUGCAGUUUUUGGAUGUGAUGGAUACAUAGACUUUUAUGUGGAUGAGUUGGAAUGGGCAAUAGAGCUCUUGAAAGAUGGUAAGGAUAUGGCCGAGCAUAGUAGGAGGUUUGAACCUGCGGGAGAAUAUAAAGAGAUUGUUAGAUAUGCAAAGAGUAUAGCUAUUAUUGAUGUUCGCAGUGAAUCAAAAAAAGUUCGAAAAUUGCAGAAGGAUUUCGUAUAUGCAUCAUACUCUGAAAAUUAUGAUGCAUUUAAAAUAGAAU